CUCUCUCGGAGCUCGCGAGAUCGAUCUCUCCGUUUCUCUCUCUCGCGAUCUCGAUCCCCAAUCUCAUCGUCUCGCGCACGACCCACAGGUUCUGCAAGACUGGUAAAUGUAAUGCUGCAAACCAUGUCUUAAUCGAGUGUUUAAUAAUGAUACCUAAAGAAAAGGCUGUUGAAUCAAGCUAUCAGUGAAGACCAGUGUUGUUGAUGUACAUUGUGCGCUAAUGAAUUUCUCUAGAUAAAGAAACCAAAUAUGGCAGCUCCUCGCUAUAAUAGAUCUCCAUCUAGAAGGCCUUUAUGGAUAAUCAUUUUGCUUACUCUGAUAUGUGUAGCAUUGAUUGGGGCUUAUGUUUAUCCGCCUCGCCACUACUCGGCCUGCUAUUUUCUAUCUUCGAGCGUUUGUAGCCCUUUUCACCCCCCUGCACCUGCAAGGGUUUACACAGAUGAUGAAAUCGCUGCUCAUGUUGUCAAUAUAAACAUUCUCUUGGCGCCAGCUUUCCAGCCGAAGAACCCUAAAAUCGCUUUCAUGUUCUUGACGCCUGGCUCAUUGCCUUUUGAGAGGUUGUGGGAGAAAUUCUUCCAGGGACAUGAAGACAGAUUUACAAUAUAUGUGCAUGCAUCAAGAGAGCAACCAGUACAUACAUCUUCUUUAUUCAUUGGCCGGAACAUCCGCAGUCAAAAGGUGGUUUGGGGUGACAUUUCAAUGGUUGAUGCCGAGAAGAGGUUAUUAGCAAAUGCACUCAGAGAUCCUGAUAAUCAGCAUUUUGUGUUGCUUUCUGACAGUUGUGUACCACUUCACAAUUUUGAUUAUGUAUAUAGUUAUCUGAUGGAAACAAAUAUCAGCUUCAUUGACUGUUUUGAAGAUCCAGGGCCACAUGGAACAGGUAGAUAUUCUGAGCAUAUGCUACCGGAAAUUGAGAAAAAAGAUUGGAGGAAAGGUGCACAGUGGUUCUCAGUUAAGCGGCAGCAUGCUUUGCUAAUUCUUGCUGACAUGCUUUACUAUAAUAAGUUCAAGCUUCACUGUAAGCCAGUCAAGGGACACAAUUGCUAUGCUGACGAACAUUAUUUGCCAACCUUCUUCCAUAUGGUUGAUCCGACUGGAAUUGCAAACUGGUCGGUUACACAUGUAGAUUGGUCUGAAGGGAAAUGGCAUCCUAAAGCAUAUAGAGCUGUUGAUGCAACCUUUGAGCUUCUAAAGAAUAUCACUUCUAUUGAUGAGAGUAUACAUGUUACCAGUAAUUUGAAGAAAGUAGUGCAGAAGAGACCUUGUCUAUGGAACGGGAUGAAGCGGCCAUGCUACUUAUUUGCCAGAAAAUUUUACCCCGAGGCACUCGACAAUUUGAUGAAUAUAUUCUCCAAUUUUACAGUUAUUUGACAAUCAGACCAAUGUUCUCAUUCUUUGCUCGAAGAUCAUCCUCCGCCCAUUGGCUCUCUCCAACGAAUCAACUGAUCCCCCCGCGAAAUGGAGGAAUUUUUCUGAGAAUGCUAUUUGCUGCUCUCUUCUCAGGUCAAUUUCUCAUCAUAUCUCCUCUUUACUAUUUAUUUUAUAAAUAAGGUUCUGUGUUUAAAUUCUCAAUCAUCAUGCCAUUCUGCCGAUUGGAACAGCAAUUUUGUUAGUCGAUUUAACUGCCGUAAGGUCAUCCAUUUUAGCUCACACUGUAAUCGCUUUCUCUGUCAUCCUUUUCUGGUAUUUAGUGAAAGUUUUGUUGCUCUUAAUAGUUAAAAUGGAACUCACUGUGCUCAUUAACAUCAAAAGUGAUAGAGGCGGAAAAGGGAACUUUCCUUUCCUUGUUUAGAAAGAUGGGAUAACUCAGUUCGAUCCUACAUAUUUAAUGUAUGAGAAGAUUACAAAGUUGUCAUUAAUGUUUGAAACUUCAACUCAUUUAACAUCUAUACAGGCUGUUUUUUGGUAA